ACACCGGGUCGAGAGGACAACGGAAUCAAAGGUGGUUGCCUCGAGGCUGCCGAGGAAGGCCAUGGUCCGCUUCCCAGCAGGAAGCAGCAACGGUGGCGUGCUCUCUUCCAUGGAUCUCGGUGGCAAGCUACCGCUGGGUGACGCCGGGACUUCACUGAAGGCUGCGCCGUUUGGGUACUGCUGCCGGCUGUCUCGCGGGUCCUCCCCAUACCAGGCAGGGCCGGUCCUGCAGCACUUCAUCUGGGACCUAAAGAGGCCCUGGUUCAUCGGAGUUUCAUCGGUGACAGUAACAUUGGCUGGAGGCAGCCACCUGACGGUCCUCACCACCAUCGUGAAGUGGUCAGUCCUGUUGCACAACUACCCACCGCAUGGCUACGCCGUUGAUCUGAUUACAGUACACGAUCCCCACAAUACUGUAACCAGGCAACGCAUCGCCACUUGGAUCUCCUGCGAGACAUGGGGGGAUGCCCUCCGCCUAGAGGAGCUGACUCGGCCACCAGCUUUGCCAUGGCCGUGUUCGCGCGUUCGCCGCAUGUCACCUGGCUGCGCAGAAAAGCCGCAAAGUCCACCCAAGACCCACGGAUGACCCCAGCUGGUCGGCGGCCACGACUGCCACAGUAGAGAGCGCGCAGAAUUAGGUGGCCGUGGGGCUCGGCGAGGCAGGGGAUGGCCGCCAAGAGGUGCCGUGCCGGCAGCGACGGCUAAUCAGCACUCCUUCGGCGCUUGAACAUCUUGGAUACCCCACGCCGAGUAUGGCACCACGCACCAGGAGUGUUUCAACCAUGCUGUCGUCAGUCCCCACCGUGCCGCAAACACUCGUGUUUAUAUCGUCGAAGUGUCGGGCACGGUUCUUGCUUCCUUAUGCGUUGGAGCGGUAUAAUUAUGCGUGAUUUGCGCGUUUAUUUCCUGUAGCGACUAUGGUUCGCGCAAAUUUCAAAUUGUAGCGUACUUAUGCGUACGUAUUCAUUUCGUCUGGCAUAUAAUAAUUAAUACGCUAAUAAUAUUGUUAAUAAUUACCUAUUAUAUUACUGCGUUAAAAAUUAUUCGUUUGGAAGAGUUCCGGAUUGGUUUCCCAAAGAGUUCCGGAAGGUUUGCCCAAGAGUUCCGGGAGGAUUUUCAAUAUUUUGUUUCAGCUAGCGACCUUCCAAACAACCAUCAGCAAAAGCCAGACGUUGUCUCAAAGGAGCAUUGUUGUACAUUUGUUAUAUUCAGGCACAGACAUAAUGUCACGCAGCCAAUCCGUACGAGGUUCUUGCGCUGCACUUCCCAUUGUGGGACAAUUAUUGACAUCUGCCUUAAUUUGUAGCAUAUUUGCCUAUCGAUAUUUAUCUUGCCUUUAAUAUAUUCUUCAAUUUGCGCGAUAACAUUAUUGUUUACGAUUUUAAUUUCUGCGUUGUAAUUUAUUGCGAAGAGUUCUGGAAGGUGUGCUUUCCAGAGGCAACUUUUGUUUUUAGUUUGCGAUCUUCCAAACAAAUAACAAAAGCCAGAGGAUGUCUUAUCAAGUGCGUUAGUGUAGGUUCAUUGUAUGCGAAAGAGAAAUGCAGGCAUCGUCUUGAACUUGCCCGCAUUGUAGUGAAUCGAACUUUUGGGACGUUUUGUGCAUGAGAACCCCGACAGGUUUCCGUGAAAGUGUUGAUUGUACAAACAAGAACUCUAAAUGCACCUGAGUACACCAUAUUGUACAGUAGACGCGAAAAUUUGCUAGUCGCCAACUGUGAACAUUUUUUUUUUUUUGCAUUACGACGGAGGCGAUCGGUAAACAAGGGUGAAGUGGUUUACUGUAUCACCCUGCCAUUUUCAAAUUGGAGCAGAUAUAGCCACAUUGAAGUAGAGCGUCCAACUGGAAAGCAGAGUACACAAUUCAGGCGCAUAUGUGCGGGUAGUUUCACAAACUAAAGGUUUUCUCUAUCUGGUAAAUAAAUUAUAUACCGGAGAAUACAAUGCGUUCGGUUGUCCUUUUAUUCUAGUCAAUAUUUGCUAAUGCUUAGCAGGUGAAAGCUUUAGUCUCGUACAAACUCUGCCAAAACACUGCAC